AUGGCCGCCCGCACCAUGGUCCACGGUGGCCGUGAUACCCGCCACGAUGCCUUCGCAUCGACAAACUUGUCCUACCGUCCUCAGACAGCAUCACCAACCUUGACGAACCCUGACAUGAUUCUGCCAGACUACGACGAACCUGAACAUGUCGACGGCCGCUCCCAUCCACUGUCGGGCCCUUGGCAUAAUGCGCAUCCCCCCCGUGACCUGGACGGCUUCUCCCAACCUGGCUACGUCCCUGGACCACUUGCUCCCACGACGCCCAUCAUAUACGGUAAUGGCACCAUGCUCUCGGAUAUUGGUGAGGUGACUGAGGUCGAGAGCACUGCCGGCCACCCGCCGAGUCGCAAUUCCUCCGGCUUUUCUGGUACUCCUGGUACCGGCAGCGGCACACCUGUACGCUCCUCGCCGACGAUUGGAGAGAGGUCGCCCAAGAAGAAGCCGCAUGCUGCGAAGCGCGAACGCCGGCUCUCAUCUGAAUCCACGAGCACCAUUCAAACCAUCGACGAUGGCCCACUGGCUGCCUUUCGUGACUUUGAUGACUCGGUCAGUGUAGAUGACAGCAAUUUCCAAGGAGAUGACGAGGAGAGUUUGGCAAGCGAAUACGUCGAUGAAACGUCCGUUCACCCCCCUAGUGCUGCGGUUAUGCUACCUGGUCACGGGCUGAACGAGCAUAGACUUUCCUCCAACUCGAUCAGCAAACGAGCCGAGCAGAUUCUUGCCAAUGCCAAGCAUCGCCUUCUGACUAUGGAAGGCAAUCUUAAUAGCGCCAGGACGUUUAGCUAUUCAACCUUGUCUGAAUGUUCCACACCGUCCCCCGGUCCUCGUCCGAAUAGCUCGACUCACGAAAAAUUCCAGACCAACACCUCGAGCCACUCGAGGAAUGUGAGCGAAAAUGGCUUGCAAGGCUCUGCGCGCAAGGCUGUACUCCCUCAACGAUCUGCCAGUGCUCUUGGUGCAGCUGGUGGCUAUCGCCAACACUUGACCCCUUCCAGGGGUACCGACGGUUCACAGUGGAGGCUCGGUCCAAGUUCCCUCAAGUCUUCUCUGACCUCUAUUGACUCGGCUCUAGAGCGGCUCGACGAAGAUGGAAGCCAACGAGACGAGGACCACCAUCGCCCUUGCAGUCAGGUUGCAGCCCUGGGCAGUCCAACCUUUGGAUUGCCUACCCAGGUCGGUAUGACGCGGUCCCCCUCCGCUGCGCAGGUGCGAGACCUGCAGGGUCAAAUGCAAGGGCUCAAAGGCAAGAUCUCCUCGCUGAGGCAGCAGGCGCAGGCAGAUAGCAUGAAAAGGCGUAGCCUACAGAGCAUCAGGGCGCCCAGUCCUUUUACGCAUGCUAGGUGGGAUCAGGGAUAUACAAGCCCGAAACAAAGCGAUACGCCAGAGACUGGAAGCCCUGACUCGGCUAACCGAUUGAACGGAACCAAGCCAGGUUUCAAGAACGACAAGUCUCCAGAAGAGGUGGGAGAGGAAGAGUCGGAAGCACAACUGAAGGGUGAUGUGGAGGCUGGUUCUCUCCCCGGUGUAUUUCAGAAAGGCGACGAAACGCAGGACACGGUCCACUUUCAAGCGGCUCGGUCAGCAGACGAAGCUGCAUUGAAUGGCGAACCAAAAGCCUCCCGCCGCAUUGACUAUGAGCAGGAUAAGAGUCAUCCUCAAAAUGACCGAGUGACCGAGAAUGACCAGGAGGACCGAGGUGUGGAAGAGUUUGCGGACUACGGCAGCGAAAGCGGCGAAUCACUCUAUCACGAUACCCAUCAGGAGCCCACUGACAUCUCGCACGAAGAUCGAGAGGACGCGUUUGAUUAUGAACAUUUCUUCUUGCACUCUGCCAUGGGCACCCUUAGCCGGCAGCGGAUGUCCAGAAGUGACAGCGUGGGCAGCGAGGGAUCUCAAGAUUCUGUGGAAACCACGCGCGGUCCGGCCGCGAAGCCUGCCCGACGACCCAGCAUUGAUACCUUGGCUUCCGUCGAUUCCUUUGCGACUGCCAUGGAGGGUAGGGAGAGCCGUAGCACCGUGUCUCGCUCGGCGAGAAGCGGCGAUGGGUUCGUGACACCUGCGGCCAAUCACGAGGACGGAGACAGCUCAUCGAUAACAACCAAGCGGUCGACCUUUGGCCGGUCCAGCCAUGACAGUCCAAGUGGUGGCGGCAGUGGUAGUGGAAGCGGCAGCGAUUCUGCCGAGUACUACCGAAAACACGCCCGCUACAGCUCAGUCAUUUAUCGACCCAUCAGUGCGAGCACGACAUCCACGCUGCACCGCCCGUCCGUCUCGUCGUUCGAGUCGACAGGGACAAACAGAAGUUUUCCCCUCGUCAACAAAGCCAGACUGAGCCAGGGAACCUUGACUCCGAGCGAAUCACCCGACAACCAGCUCAAGCAAGUCGCCGAGUCACUCAUGAACGAGACAAGGAGCAUAUGUGACCAGGACAGCGCGGGGGCGGGGAGCGGACCACAGUCUCCUGCAAUACAGACCCUGUCACGAGAAGACCAAAUGUUGGUGGAACAGGUCGUGACAAGUCUGGGACGAUGCGUCUUGGGUCUAAGUGAGGCUUCGCGCCUGGGUACCGGGAACCACGACGAAUACAGGGAGAGAAUAGAAGCGGCCAGAAAGCUUCUCGAGAAUAUUGAAUACACACACCGCCAAGCCUUUCCCUUUCCUCCCAAGGGCGUCGAAAACCGCGCUCCCCGGCCGGCGACGCACUCCCCCCCUUCUCCCUUCUCCGGCUCGUCGUCGAGCAAGCAAGUCCAACAGAAGACAGAAGAAAACGUCGGCAUGCACGCGUCGCUGACGUCGCGCCUCCUCACGGAACUGCUGCCGCCCGAGGUCGCGGUCUCGGUGCGCACGCACCUGCUCGACCCGCGCGCCCUCGCGUCGCUGGGGCCGGUGGUCCAGCCGCUGGCGGACAGGACGGCCGCCGCCGUCGCGGACAACCAGGGCGUGACGGGGCUCGUGGCGCUGCUGUGCGCGGUGACGGCCGUGGUGGUGGUCAUGAACUGGAUACGGAGGCUGAUACUGUGGUGGGCGCGGCUGGUGGCGAGGGUCGUGUUUUGGAGCGCCGCCGCCGCGCUGCUGGCCUGGGUGUGCAACAGGGGCGUCGUGGAGAGCCUGAGGGAUGCCGCUGUCGUGGGGGGCAGGGUCGCCGGGUACCUGGCGGUUUUGAAGGACUUCUGGUGGCAGGAGUAUGAGCGCUACGAGGCGCGCGAGGGGAGGGCCGCGGCGAGGGGGCGGUGA